UAUAUCAUUUCAGUCGCCAUCGUCCAGUCGUUCGGAUCGUUGCUCUUUUCCGAGUUCUGCCCAUUUUUUGGUUUGAUUUGUUGAGUUGUUCCUUAUCAAGUGACCGUGGUAUUAUGCACGUCCGCGUGAUUUUCCCCUCACUUCACAUUUAAUUAAUUAUUACGUCGUCUUGUGUUUUUGUCGGGUGACGUGUUACAUAACACAGCACAUUCCGGCCACGUUCAAAUACUAUAACAAAAACCUCGUCAGUGCUGAGCCUGCUGUGUCUUUGUUGGCUCGUGACAGUCCGUCGUCGUGUUAUUGCGGCAAUAGGAGAGUCUAUUAUAAUUCAAAUCUAACCGACCCCGAACAGAACAAAACCAGAACGAGUUGGACAUCGAAAAGGAAAUUAUACCUUUUUCAAAUCCGGUUUAUUUUUUGUUGGCCAUCAGCCCGCCAGUUAGAUUUCGUGAUACUUAUAUAUUCUCCGUCAAGAGCACAGUCUCAGUCAGUCCAGUGUUGUUCUCCGUCACGUGAAAAGUAGCUCUCAGACUGCGUCUGUUGUAUACUCAGCUCGUUGCUGUACCUCGCCACAUAAGUGAAACACUUUCUCCAUAGUUGUACAAUCACCUGUUUCUUAAUUCGUUCAACAAGUUGGCGGAUGGGAUGGUCUGUUGGACGGCCAACGAGAAACCACCAGCAGCUGUCAUGAAUAACUCGGCGACUGCCAGAAUCAAUAACCCCAUGGAAGUGAUACGCAAUGCCAAAAAGUGCAAAUUCCAGCAAGAGGACGGUCGUCAUCAGCAGACGGACCUGCAUCAGCCUCCGCUCCUUCCGGCCGAUCCUUGCCCACUACUCCGGCCAUUUUGUCACCAGGUCGGAGGCCACACCCAGUUCCUGCAGCUAGAUCAAUCCACCGUCUGCAAGCCUUUGAUCCCGCGGGAGUUGAGUUUCUACCUGAACGCACCGCCAGACAUUCGCACCUUCACGCCCAAGUGCAAAGGUGUGAUCCAGACGUGGCACCAAGAAGGCCGCCAAUACUGGAGGCGAUUCGCCAUGGAUGAGAUCAGCGUCACGGCCGAACAUUCGGAAAUUUCGUCGCACCACAACAGUCGCCACGACGCCCCGUUGAGGAUAUCCCUGGCCGGCCAUGAAGCCAUUUCCUAUCAUCCGGCCCACACCUACACUGAUGGAUCAUCUCAAUUUUUCAUGAUGCUGGAAAACGUGGCGUCGGCGUCCAAGUUCGAGCGUCCGUGCGUGCUGGACUUGAAGAUGGGCACCCGGCAGCACGGUGACGACGCCUCUGCCGAGAAACGCACCCGGCAGAUGGCCAAGUGCGCAGCCAGCAUUUCCGCCUCGCUCGGACUCCGUCUCUGCGGCAUGAAGGUGUACGAAGCGACGUCGGACAAGUUCGUCACCCAGGACAAAUAUUUUGGCCGUCGGCUGGAUGCUGACGGACUCCGCAAGGCGCUGGUCCAGUUUUUCGCCAGCGGGGGAGCCCGAAGGGCCGGAAUCAUUGGGGCCAUCCUCGAGCGUCUCAGGCUACUCCGCAAAGCCAUCGAACAACAGGAUACAUUCCGGUUCUAUUCGAGUUCCCUGUUGAUCGUUUACGAAGGAUGCGAUGAGAAUUGCGAAUUCUUCCUCAGCCCGGAUUUCCGUUUCCUUGGCAGCAGCGAAUCCGGCGGAAGUCGACGAUCCAACUCGGACUGCGAGCUGGAGAGCCUCGACGACGACGGCCAGAGUUGCUACAAGCCGGCCCGAUCCAUCUCUGACGCCCAGAUUCCGCGACUGAAGGAAUUGAUGACCAUUCCGGGCCGUCUGCAUCGCCAUCCCAAUCAAGUGUCCAUCACCGACUCGUCGAGCGACUCCGCCUAUUACCUGACGGACAGCUGCGGUGAGACCCAGUCGUUCAGCACCAGUCCCCAAUCGGUGGAUUCCGGACUGGAAUGCUACAUGGAUCAGAGUUCCGUUUCGUCCAGCAGCACCACCAACGAGUGCUGCAAUAACUGGUCGGGCGGCCAGCACCACCAGGCCGGCGGUCGCUUCAAGCAACUGGCCAAGACUCCGGCAGCCAAUUACGAGUGUGACAACUCGACGGACAGCACCGACAGCGGAGUCUUUUCCUCAUCCGCCGUGGUCCAGCUGGUCAAACAGCAGCUGAAACAAUCGACGAUGAUGAAGCGAUCGGCCGCCAUCAGUUACACGACGGACAGCGAGGAGGACGGUGAAUUUGACAUGACGUGGGCUCAUCAUCUGGACGAUGGCCAGCAGCAACAACCCACGGAACUGUCCGGAUCGCCGCCCGGCGAAGAUGAGGGCGAAUUGACGCCCGUCUUGGAAGUCAGCCGGACCGAAGAGUUUACGGAAGAAGCCGGCGGAAGCCAAACGCAGAAGAAACGUCGAGUGAUGGAUGAGGACAAGGAACAAGUGCUGCUGGAUGCUGCUGCUGCCAGCAGCAGCAAGCCGGACAACAACUGCUGGUCGGAUUGCGUCGAUGUCCGCAUGAUCGAUUUCGCCCACACAACUUUCUCCGGUUACCUGGGACUGGACGAACGGGUCCACUGGGGACCCGACAACGGAUACCUGCUCGGUCUGGAAAACCUGACGGACAUUUUGAGCGAAUUGCAAGGAUACGGUUGUUGUCCUCCUCAUCAGAAAAAUGCCAUGUGCCUUUCAUCCUAAACAAAAUCUAUGACGUAACAAAAAGUGAUGAUCUAUAGACGACGACGCCCGGUGAAAUCGACGGCCUUUUUGCUGGUCACCGUUUUUGAAAAUUAAAAUAAAAAAAAUUCCAGAUGACUAUGAUGAUGACAAGUACAAAACAGAGAGAUCCUUGCUGACACAAAACAAAUAAAAAUAAAACAAAAAACAUUGAAAACUGUUACCUCAAGAACAAGUUGAUGGUCGGCUGUCGACAUAAAAGGAAUAAGGUCAAACCUGCUAUUUUACUGAGCAUCUAUCAAAUCGAGAGGGUGUGAAGUCUCUAAUAUGCCACUAAUAUUUGGAUUCCCGAAAUGAUUGAGAAUGCAAUUUCGACUUUAUUUGACUGACUGUAAAUAGUUUUGUACGCAAACUAAAAAUUGUUUUAAAAAAAUAAACUAUUUGGCAUGAAA